AUGACAGACUCCAACACAACCUUCACCAACCCCUCCAUCUUCAUCCUGCUGGGCAUCCCUGGCCUGGAGGGGGACCAUAUCUGGAUCUCCAUCCCCUUCUGUGCCAUGUACGCCAUAGCCCUCUUGGGGAACUCUGUCAUCGUGUUCGUUGUGAAGAAGGAGCCGAGCCUCCACGAGCCCAUGUACUAUUUCCUCUGCAUGUUGGCCAUCACGGACCUGGUCCUGUCUACAUCAAUCCUGCCCAAAACGCUGAGCAUCUUCUGGUUCAAUUCCAGGGAGAUCGAUUUCAGCGCCUGCCUCACCCAGAUGUUCUUCUUUCACUGCUUCUCUGUGGUGGAGUCUGGGAUUUUCGUGGCUAUGGCGUUGGAUCGUUACGUGGCCAUCUGCCAUCCACUGAGACAUUCCACCAUCCUCACAAACCUCGUUGUGGCCAAGAUUGGCCUGGCCGUGAUUCUACGCAGUGGCGUGCUAGUUUUACCCUGUGUCCUCCUGGCAGGGCAGUGGCUGUGGUUCUACGCAUGGCCAUAUUGCAAAACCGAUAUCAUCCCCCAUUCGUACUGUGAGCACAUGGCCGUGGUGAACCUGGCCUGUGCCGACACCCGUGUCAGUUCAUACUAUGGCCUCUUUGUGAUAAUCUUAGUGAUCAGUACGGAUGUGUUUUUAAUUGCUGUGUCCUAUAGCCAAAUCCUCAAGGCCAUUCUCAGCCUCCCUACAAAGGACGCCCGGCUCAAGACCUUUGGGACCUGCGGCUCCCACCUUUGUGUCAUUUUAACCUUUUAUAUUCCAGCUCUCUUCUCCUUCCUCACACACCGCUUUCGGCAGAAUGUGCCCCUCCAUUUCCACAUUCUCAUGGCCAACAUCAACCUCCUGGUGCCCCCCAUGCUGAACCCCAUCAUCUACGGAGUGAGGACUAAGCAGAUCCGGGACAGGCUCCUCCGGCUCCUUACUCAUAAGCAGAUCUAA